AUGUUUCCGUCGCCGAAGAAAAAAAAACAGAAGAAAGAACAGGAAAGAGCAAUGCAAUCGACGGAGACAGCAGUGCAACCGACGGAAACAGCAAUGCAAUCGACGGAGACAGCAGUGCAAUCGACGGAGACAACAGUGCAACCGACGGAAACAGCAAUGCAAUCGACGGAGACAGCAAUGAAAUCGACGGAGACAGCAAUGCAAUCGACGGAGAAAACAACAUCAAAUGCGUGGAGAUUUUCUUAUAAUGUGGCCCGCACCUUGAAACGGCGAUGCUUUAAUUUAACAUGGAACGUAAUUGAAAAGGGAUAUAACAAAUCAGCGCUCGGGAAAGAAUAUAAAAUUUCACAUCCCACAAUCAAAAUGGCGGCGUCUUUUCUACAGAAACUCAUUUUGGAAACACCUUGCUACCAGAGUUCGUUAUUGAGAAAAAUAGGAGUCCAUGUCUAUUUUAAGAAAGAGCUUAAUCAACAUAUGAAUAGCAUCCAAGCACGCGGUGUGAUUUACACUCUGCUACAGUUAACUGACGAGCAGAAACGCAACGGUGUCAUAACAAUCUCAACGGGAUAUUUCGCUCAAACUCUUUGUUAUUUUGGACAGAAGUUUAAAAUACCAGUGACAGUAGUGAUGCUGAAAUUAACGGCACAGGAAAUAGUUGAUAAGUGUCAAUAUCUAGGAGCAACAGUAAUUGUUCGGGGUGACAAUAUAGUAGAAGUACAUAAUAUCGCUUUGCAAAUUGCCAGGAGAAAAUGUUUAUGUUAUCUUGACGGAAACGAUCAUCCAAAUAUGAUUAUUGGCCAAGCUACUUUGGGCCUAGAGAUUUUUGAACAGUUAGAUUUUGGAAAGACAAUUGAUGCAGUGAUAUUGCCGACGACGGUCGAUGGUUGUGGAGUAACCGCGACUAUUGCAAUGGCUAUCAGAAAAUCGAAUUCAAAUAUAAAAAUUAUCGAGGUCCAAACUACAGUUCAAGAUCUUUUAACCAACAAUGUUAGACAAAAAUGUCAUAAAUUAAAUAUUCCCGAACAGAAUUUAUAUGUAGGAUAUAGUCAUAAUUUAUUUCAAGACAUAAGGUUAUAUUUGUUCGAUCGGCUUGUUCUGGUAUCUGAAACACUUAUUCGAAAAGCUGCCAAUUUUCUGCUAGCAACAGAAAAUUUCAAUGAUUAUUAUGCAGCGAUCGCUUUAGCUGGAAUUCUAACCGGUAACCUGCACGAUUUAAUAAAAGAAAAAAGUGUGCUGAUACCUCUAUUCGGCAAAAAGGAUGACUCUAACAACUUCAUGGAUAAAUCAAGUUUGCAGCCUGGUUCCUCAACAUCUUCCUCUUAAAUAAGCGUCUUUAUAUUUCCGAACA